UUCGCGCGUCGCUUCGUGUAUCGCGCAACAAAUCGUGUGUGGAUUUGAGUAACGCGCAAAAUAUCGUGUAUCCUUUCGUGUGUCGUGUGUCGCCCUUGGUGAAAGAAGGGCGAGAUUAUAGAUGGCACUAUCCGGAUGCCGUAGAGAAUAUAUAGUUUCAGCAUAAGCUAUCGUUAACGCGUUUAAGCAAUAACAAGCAGUCGACGGUUUACAUACUAAGCGUUAAGUAAGUGCAACAAGGUGACUAUAUUAAGGUAAACAGUUUAAAACAUAAUUCUUUGGUUUUGUUUUCAACGGGUUCUGGUUAUAUUGAGAUAUUAUCAACAAGUAAAUAAAGAUAUAAAGUGUCGCUUCUGUGACCACUACAACUACUCAACAAAAAUAUGCCGGAAGCGAAGGCUGGUGCCCGACGGGGUGUGCUGAUCUCCGCUGUGGCUGCGGUGCUCCUUUUGGGACUCCUGAUAGCGCUCAUAGUGGUGGUGGCGAAAAAGGAGGAAGAUCCUACACCCCCGUUGCCACCCACACCUGUCGUCAAAACGGACACGGAGACGUUUAUUGACGUGUCGGAUGGACUGACCUUGCAAUGGUACAGUGGAGAUAUCGCGGUCAAGGGCGACUUGACGAACAUAGCUGGAAACAAAUACAAUGUCGCGAAUCUUCCGGUCCGGAAGUCGCCCACAGGGGUCUUUCUCAUCGGAAGCACAUCAAUUACCGUCGCUGAAGCCAUGGAAACGACAAAAAUGUCGAAACUCGUAUUGAAGCUUAAUUUGAUGCCACCAUCGAGCGAUGACGUCACGACUGCACUGAAUGCGUUCGUGAGAAGCGGUAAUCCGAAUGUGAUCAUCGUAUCCGUAUCGCAGCGCCGGCGACAGGAUAGAGUUCCUUAA